CCUAGGAAAGAAGAUCAGUAUUUUGCCCUACUUCGAAGCUGGGUUAGGAUUUUAGAGAAUUAAUUUUAGGUUUAUUGCGCCGGCUCGUUUAGUGUUUGAAUUUAUCCGAUCAGAAAAAUAAACGAAAAUGAAAGUUCCUCUUCGUAAAAUUAUCGUUCUACGGUUCACCUCAACGCACAACCAUCUCUCAUAUCGAUAACCGAUAAAACCGAACCCUUUAGAUAUCAGCCGGACUAUUUCGCAGUUGGAAGUGCACCUUUUAGGCGGUUUGAUUGAUAACAGCACACGAUGUUUGUCAGACUCCCUGCCCUUCGUUUGCUAGUGGUGCUGUAUUCACUUAACCUUGAAUUUCGCUCGGCCCUAGCAGUUUUGCAGUGCAAUGCCUGCGCUUCUCAGAGCGAUUGGAGCAGCUGUGUCAAUCAGUCAUUUCUGUUGGAAUGUUCCCCGGAGUUAGUCGAUGCAACACACAAAGUGCUCCAACAGUACAACCCCAGCUUGGGCAUUAUAGGAUCAGGAUCACACAUCUACGAUCAAUUUACGUGCUACAGUUUUGGAACAGAAAUUGGCUUCCCACAGAACAAAUUGUACUCCGAGGGAUGUACGUAUCGAAAUAUCAACUUUUGCUCAGGAUGGAACGAAACGUUUAUCCAGGUGUUGAGCUGUGAACUCAAUCCACCGGAUGAUGUCGUGUCAUCGACAACAUCAACUACGUCAGGGUCCACAAGCUCCAACACGGAUUCUCCGACGUCAACAACGACAACAUCGACAACAUCGACUCCUGUUGAUGUGACUACAACCUCAUAUUCAACAUCUUCGGGACCACCUCCAAAAUCUACCAGUUCAGGGCUGUCCCGGGGAACGAUCGCCGGAAUAGCAGGAAUCGUGGCCGGGUUUGUCGGACUGCUACUACUGUGUGCUCUUGUGCGAGCCGGAAUCACAAGAAAGGGGCAGCGAACUCAACAACUGCUGUUGGAUUGGGGAUGAACUUACCGUCUCAUUUUAAAGAUCUAAACAGCAAGGCACAGAGUUCAAUUGAGUGAGAUUAUUCAGCUUACCUGAAAAAAAAAAGAAACAGAGAAAAAAGAG